CAAUGUACGCUCUCCCGCCUACAAUAAUAUAACAUUUCCCCUCUACGCCACGUACUGUAUGAAUCCGGCUUACGACGUCCAAGCCUUGGUUGUGAUCGAUUGCCGGAAGGUUCAGAUCCAGGCGGCGACGGAGAAGGAGGCUACGGAGAGGACUCGAAGGAGGAGACCUGUUAGGCUGGGGAUUCCGCGGCAGGAGGAGGAGGAGGAGGACAGCAUUAGCAAGAUUUUCUUUGCUUUCGUCCUUGGAUUGAGGAGGAGCCAGAGGCAACCCUGACAUGCGAUCUUCUUUCUGAGGCUAGGGACGGACUCACAUGCAGUCCUAGAAGAACCGAAUAUGUGACUGGUGCUUUUCGCCGGAUCUCUCCUCUAUCUCGUGAUGCUCGAUGGAUGUGGUUUCCGAGUCUUCUGACAGCUGCCAACGUGACCUUUUUCUACUAUGAUAUUGCUGGAAUCUGGGAAAAUCUACGCGUAGUUUUAAUCAUCGUCCAUUAAUAAAGAGUGCAGCAUCUGAUAAUAUUAAUGAUGAAGCAUUCUAUUCUUUUCCUUCGUGAUACUUUGAAAGAAGAACCUGGCACGACAAGUGUUACAUUAAGAGAGUUAAAUAAAGGAAGGAAGCGAGGAAUUAUGAGAUCCCAAAAUUCAAACAUCAAGGAAAAUGAAAGAAAAGAUGCAAGGAUAUUCAGCUACAAAAAAAUACAUAUUCACGUCAUUUGGACCGUAGCUAUGAAAUGGUUAAGUUGACAAGUUGGAAAAGUUACUUUUUUUGGAAUAUACUGGAAGAGCUAAUAUUGGAACUCAACGCAAAUCGCCAUGCGCUGGAGGAGCUAUUGGCUGAGUGCAGGUUUGACUCACGGAAUAGCUCGAAUUACCAUCAAACACUGCUCUAAUGGAUUCAACUUGAGUUUGC